GAGGACCGGAUGUGUUCGUGAUAUAUGAUAUCAGUGCUUUCUUGCUAAAAUAUUUCUCUUCACAGACCAGUCGAGCUUUUUAUUUGGAAGGCCAAAACAAACCUUCAGUUUGGAUAAUGGAUAAAUACAAGAAAAACCCGCAUAAGAUACAUUGACUAGCAUUUAAAAUACUAUACCCACUCAAAAAAAAAAAAAAAGAGAUACAUUAGCAUUAUACGGCUUUAAUAAUCUCUGAUAAGCCAAUAGUGUGCUUCUCUUUCCCUCUGAUGAUCCUGUUUAAUGAAUAAUGCAAAGCUCAACACAUGUGCACUGGAGUGCACUAGAUACCAAUCCUAAAAGCCUAUAUCUUCUUACAGAUGUACCUAAGAUAUGGUCAGACGUGUUUCAGAAGAAGAAGAGCAAGUGCAUGUCAACGUUUGGUACAAAAGAGAGUAGAAAGAAAAAGAGAACGAAAUCAAAGCUUUACCAUCCAGCUGCAGAAAUGUCAGGCUUCGAAUGACACGAGAGAAGAGAGAGACAGAGAAAAGUAAGCAUGUAUGGUAGUAGAGUGUAAUAAUAUGCAUAUAUAGCUAUAGCCUGUGAUAUUAAUAGCUUCGCCUUAAGUCAGUCUCUGGUUGGGUUGGCCAUUCAAAAAUGACCCAGAUAAAGCCAAUUUUGUAUAACCGUUACCUCCCACGCGUCACUUCUCUUCUUUAAUUCUUGCUUUGCUCCAGUCUUAUACACUCUUAAUUACUAUCUUAUCUUUGGAAUCAUCAUUAUACUUUUUUCUCUUUCUUGUUAUUUCUCCCUCUCUCUCUCUCUCUCUCUCUCUCUCUCUGCCGGCGACGGAGAUAUAAUGUCGCCGGCGACUAAGAAAAUUGCUCUUGAUCAUGAAGUAGAAAAGACCAGGCAUUAUCCUACUCCUCUUGCUUCUCAUGAUAAAAUUGUUGAAGACCCCAUUACUUUCUGGGACACUCUUAGGCGCUUUCAUUCUCUUAUGAGUACUAAGUUUAUGAUUCCUGUGAUUGGAGGGCGGGAGCUAGAUUUGCAUAUAUUAUAUGUAGAGGCUACAAAAAGAGGUGGUUAUGAGAAGGUUGUCGCAGAUAAGAAAUGGAGGGAAGUGGGUUCUGUAUUUAAGUUCUCUCCAACAACAACAAGUGCCUCUUUUGUAUUGAGAAAACAUUAUUUUGGCCUGCUUUACCAUUAUGAGCAAGUUCACUUCUUUAAGGUUCAAGGUCCUAUGAGUUCUUCAGCAGCUGCAUUUCCUGGAAACAGCACUUUAUUUAGACCCGAAUUAGCUAUUGUGGAAUAUUCCCCUGAAGUGAUAAAGCAUCGCCCUGAACCACCAAGUGAAGGGUCCUCAUCUUUCUCAGCUCUUGGAACUAUUGAUGGGAAAUUCGAUUGUGGUUAUCUAGUGUCUGUGCGAGUGGGUUCCGAGGUUCUCAGUGGAGUACUUUACCAUCCGGACCAGCCACAGCACUCAUUUUCUUCUAUUUCCCAAUGUAAUGAUAAUGCCUUAAUUCCAUAUACUGGCAGCCGGAGACGGGACCAUUCUGCUCGUCGUCGCCGGAGGAGAAGCAGAAGAGCAGGGGAUCCUAGCUACCCAAAACCCAACAGAAGUGGUUACAACUUUUUCUUUGCUGAAAAGCACUACAAGCUCAAAUCUCUUUACCCAAAUAGAGAGAGAGAAUUUACAAAAAUCAUUGGUCAAUCAUGGAGUAAUCUGAGUGCGGAGGAGAGGAUGGUUUACCAGAAUAUUGGAUUGAAAGACAAAGAAAGAUACAAGAGAGAGUUGAAAGAGUACAAAGAGAGACUGAAGCUUAGAGAGACCAUGGAAUUAGAACUCCAGAAGUUGGGAAUUGAUUCAAGCUAGAGAAUAUAUUGCUUUUUGUGACUUUAAAAAUCCAUGUAUAUGAAGAUAUAAAAUUAAUGUUUUAAUUUUCGAUAGAACAGUACUGAUUUGAUAGAAGUUGGUGCAUAUGAUCGAUUGGUAUAACCUGCUCUAGUCAUCCAUCCUCGAUAUAUAUCUUUAUCUUUGCUUUA